AUGGGCAACGAGUGCUUCCUGGCCGGCACCACCGCGCACCUGCCCCCCGCCGAGCAGAACCUUGCCAGAUACAGACUCCGUGUGGUUGAGCCACCACGACUGCCUGUGAGGAAAAGCCCCUCCCCUGAUGAAGAUGGUCCAGACGCUGAGCCCAACCUGUGGAUGUGGGUGAACCCCAACAUCGUGUUUCCCCCUGGAAAGCUGGAGGUCUCACAGCCCAGGAAGGGGGAGGGCUUGACCAGCAUACUCCCCUCCCCUCCGCCACCCCGGAAAGAGGAAGACUGUGCCCACUGCUCAAAGGUGGAUGCCGUGGUGCUGCUGCCUGCGUCCUCCAGGGAUCAGUCUCCCCCUCUGCAGCAACUCCCUUCUUCCCCCAGCAGCUCGGAGGUCACAGAAGAGGAGGCUAAGGACCAGCACGACCGCUCCUCUGUGGCUCUCCUGUCCCCGCACAAAAGGGCCCCCCUCCAGAGUCGGAGGCUCCGGCAAGCCACCAGCCAGGAGGGGAGGCCCUGGCCCCGGCCCCCCCUCAAUUACUUCCACCUCAUAGCACUGGCACUAAGGAACAGUCCCCCCUGCGGCCUCAACGUGCAGCAGAUCUACAGUUUCACCCGACAGCAUUUCCCCUUCUUCCGGACGGCACCUGAGGGCUGGAAGAACACCAUCCGCCACAACCUCUGCUUCCGAGCCAGCUUUGAGAAAGUGCGGGCCAGCACGCCGGCCGGGGCCUGCCUCUGGAAGCUGACGGAGGAGGGCCGCCGCCGCUUCCAGGAGGAGGCCGGGGCCCUGUCCUCCGCGCAGCUGGAAAGGAUCCAGCAGUGCAUGAGCCAGCCAGGUGUGAUGCCCUUCCUCUUUGACCUGUGA